CUACCCAUACGGGAGUGGAGCUCAGCCUAUGGUAGCAUUGAUUGAGGCCCUCAGCAAUUAGCUGAGGGCCUCGCACUACCCUCUGAUGGUCACUUGCCGUCUUAAAGGAGCUUCUUGUCCUUGUAGGCCAACAUGCUUCACCAACGAGAGGGAAUCAGACAGUGUAUCUGUGGUCACAGAGCCCGGUGUGUUCAUCAGUAUUAUGGGCUGGAAGGACAAUGAGUGUGGUUCUUUUGAAGAAAAUGAGUACCCGGGAUCAGACGGAAACUACAACCAACACACACACUGCACUUCCCCAGUCGUUUCUCUGACUGACGACAACACGCUCCACUGUGAAUCUGCUUCCCUGGGCGACAGUGCUGUCAUCACCGACCAUGAUGAAGCUCAGAACGGUCACAAAGCAAAGAGCAGUGAGGAGGAUGAAGAAGGACACCUGGUCUAUCACAUUGGCCUGGUGAUGAAGGAUAGAUACGAGGUUGUGUCGACGCUGGGAGCGGGAGCUUUUGGAAAAGUGGUGGAGUGCACCGACAGAGAAAAAGGCGAGCAAGUAGCGGUGAAGAUUGUGAGGAACAUUGAUUGUUUCCGAGAGGUAGCGAAGUCUGAGAUCGUAGUGCUGGAAGAAAUCAACAGCCUGGAUGACGACAACAGAUUUGCCUGUGUGAGGAUGCUGGACUGGUUUGAGCACGAAGGUCACAUCUGCAUUGUGUUUGAGCUGCUCGGCCUCAGCACCUUCGAGUUCCUGCGACAGAACAAGUUUCUGCCGUUCAAUGUGGAGCAGAUCAGACACAUGGCCUUCCAGAUCUUCAGAGCCGUCUGCUUCCUGCAUCGUAACAAGCUAACCCACACGGACCUGAAACCAGAGAACAUCCUGUUUGUCAGCUCGGACUACGACCUAGAGUACAAUAACGACAAGGGGUGUAAGAAGAAGACGCUCAGAAGUCUGGAUGUGAAGGUGGUGGAUUUUGGUACCGCAACAUUUGACCACCAACAUCACGAAUCUCUGGUGUCAACACGACACUAUCGAGCUCCAGAGGUCAUACUGGAUCUGGGCUGGAAUCAGUCGUGUGACGUUUGGAGUCUGGGCUGCGUUCUCAUGGAGUAUUACCUGGGACGCAUACUCUUCCAGACUCAUAACAGCAUUGAACAUUUGGCGAUGAUGGAGGAAGUCUUGGGGCCGAUUCCUCCACACCUACUGAAACAGAGCAGAAAGCAGCAUUACGUGAGCAACGAGCGUCUGAACUGGGACAACCAGAGCUCCUCUAAUGACUACAUCAAGAAACACUGUCAGCCUCUCAAGCAGUGUAUGUGGAGAAGGAGCGAGGAGGAGAAGCAACUGUUUGACCUGCUCAGCUGCAUGUUAGAGUACGACGUCUGCAGGCGGAUCACCCUGGAGGAGGCGCUGUGGCACCCGUUUUUCACUCCGAUGAGGACACCAAUGAAGCAGCGCAGCUAGCACAAACCAACCAGCACACUCACACACACACACACACGCACGCACACACACACACACACACACACACACGCACGCACGCACACACACACACACACACACACACACACACACACACACACACACACACACACACACACACACAUUCAACAUCUACCUCGAGCUGUAAUCUAAGAGUUGUGAUUACUUGUUUGGUUUUGUGGUUCUUGGUUUAUGAGUUUGAUGAUUUUCAGAAAACAGUUCAGAAAGCAUUCCUGUUCCCUUCAAAUAACCUCCCAUCCUCAGACGGCAGUGUGCAUGCCAUUGUGAAAGGUAUUUGUAUAGUUUGUUUGAUUGAUUGAUUGAUUAAUUGAUUGAUUGGUGUAAUGUUGAGCAUUUCAGUUUUUCCAUUAUUCUUUGUCCUCUUUGUCAAUAAAUAUGUUGCAUUUCUGCGCAUCUUC